AUGCGCAAAAACAAGGUGGCGCCGCUCGAUGAGAAGGUCCGAUCGUUCGACGUGCCGUCGCGUGAAUGGUCCGCUAGGGAUUCCGACGCGGCCACCAGCAUCGAGCCGACGACGAUUGAUGGCGAGAAGCGUUCCGAAUUUCAGGGAUGCUGGACGGUUGUCGUUGUUUCAAUAUUAUUUAUUAUCAAUCUACUUAAUUAUAUGGAUCGCUAUACAUUGGCAGGAGUGCUGUCCGAUGUUCAAAACUACUAUGAUAUAUCUGACGCCUGGGCGGGUCUCAUUCAGACCACAUUCAUGGUCUUCUUCAUAAUUUUCUCGCCGAUUUGCGGUUUUUUCGGCGACCGCUACAAUCGAAAAUGGAUUUUUGUCGUCGGAAUUGUGAUCUGGGUUUCGGCCGUCUUCGCAUCAACACUAAUCCCAAAAAAUAUGUUCUGGCUUUUUCUGCUGCUUCGCGGAAUCGUUGGCAUCGGCGAAGCGUCGUACGCCAUCAUUUCGCCGACGGUUAUCGCCGACAUGUUCACCGGAGUCUUGCGAUCGAGAAUGCUGAUGGUGUUCUAUUUUGCAAUCCCAUUUGGAUGUGGUCUUGGAUUCGUCGUAGGGUCCGCUGUAAGCAGUUGGACUGGUCAUUGGCAAUGGGGAGUCCGAGUGACCGGAGUCCUAGGCGUCAUCUGCCUCAUUCUCAUCAUUCUAUUCGUUCGCGAGCCCGAGCGUGGUCGUGCUGAGCGAGAACGAGGUGAUAUCACCGCCAGCGUUGAGGCGACCAGCUAUUGGGACGACAUUAAAGCACUAGCCACCAACAUAACCUACAUGAGCUCAACAUUGGGAUACACUGCUACCGUAUUCAUGGUUGGAACCCUCGCGUGGUGGGCGCCGAUUACAAUUCAAUACGCGGAAGCGGCGAGAAAAGGAGUCCCGAAGAUAACCGAUGCUGAGGCGGCGAAAAUCAACUUGAUAUUCGGAGCAAUCACGUGCGUCGGUGGUGUUCUCGGCGUGGCCAUCGGAACCGUUUUGUCGAAUUUGUGGUCGCGCGGUGUCGGACCAUUCAAAUUCAUCAAAACCGAGCGCGCCGAUCCGCUCGUGUGCGCGAUUGGCGCCGCGAUUUGCAUUCCGGCGCUGAUACUCGCGAUUCAGAACAUCGAGAACAACAUGGGCUUCACAUGGGCGAUGCUGUUCAUUUGUGUGACGACGGGAAGCUUCAAUUGGGCGACCAACGUCGACCUUCUCCUCACGGUUGUGAUCCCGCAACGAAGAAGCUCGGCGAGCUCGUGGCAGAUUCUAAUCUCUCACAUGUGCGGAGAUGCUUCGGGACCCUAUAUUCUCGGAUUGAUUUCCGACGCGAUUCGUAAAGGCGACGACACACCACAGGGUCAUUAUCACUCGCUGGUAACGUCGUUCUAUCUUUGCGUCGGUACUCUCGUCCUUUCCGUCAUCCUCUUCGUCAUCGCGGCGAUCGCCAUCAAGCGCGACAAGAGGAUAUUCAACGAAAUUAUGGGUGCUCAGGAGAAGGCACAAAUCGAAAUGACGCCUUCGGAUUCGUUCAGGGAUAAUCACGUGCAACACAUGUAA